AUGAAGUAUCUAGAGCUAGAGUCAACAACCACAGGCAUAGCAGGGGAUAUAAUAGAAAUAAAAGAAAAUGCGCCCGGAUUGAACAUUCUCUUUGAAACAUAUUCCCUGAAAAUGACCAGACAAGAAAGAAAAACCAGCAGGUCUGGAAAGUAUAAAAGUCUGUCCCUUAUGGUGACAGCAGCCCUGAAUCUGCUAUUUGUGGAUUAUGAUGUCAGAAUAACCUAUAAGGAUCUGAAAAUAAUCUCAAAAGAAGAGUGCAAGGCAGACCUAACAAAUAAGCUAUUCACAAUUGGGCUUACAAAGAGCUACCAAGAGAUGGCAGGCUGGGUUGAAAGUGUUUUCAGAACAAUCCAAGAGUGUGCAGGCUCUGAUGCAGACAUAAUUAAAGUAGAAACAAGGAAAGGGCCUUUUGCACAGUGCCAUUGGAGCGAGUGCCUUGCAGUCCAUGGGAGGUCUCUUAAAAGGGUUGUUCUAUUUGUGGUUUUGUAUUCAAACCACUUGAACUCUCCAAUUCUUCUUUAA